GUGAGUCUGCACUGUGUGUGUCAGUCAAGCCUCAGUCCAUUCUACGGAAAAUCUGGUGUUUCUGUGUUUGUUUUUUCAACUUUCUGUCGCAGGCUUAAGUUACGGUACCUUCAGCUGCUGUUGAUUCAAGGAGGUGAUGCACAGCAAAGCAGAAAAAAGAAAAGGAAACAGGUUUACAUGUAGGCUGGUUGGCUUGUGUUGAGGUCAAUGGAAGUCAGUAUUGAUGUUAGAGAUGAAACUACAGAAGCAGAGUUCUGUGAGCCGCUUUUCAUCUACGAGGAAGGGGAUGAAGUACAACGGCAUGGAGCUAACAGCAGAAAAAGUGGCAGAAGAGUGCAUGCUCCACAUGUACAUAUAGAAUCUGAAGAAUGUGAAGUUGGAAACAAGGAGGCAGAGACAGAAGAUUCAGUGGAGAUACGCAGGAUGGGACAAGAGGAGAUCGAGGGAGAGAAAGGCCAAGUGAAUAAAAAGGAGCCAGCACAACAAUGUGAAGAGGAGGUCAAUUUGGAGGGAGAGAGAGAAGAUGAGGUGAAUGAUGAGAGAAAGACAACAAAAAGCAAAGAAACCAAGCUAGGAGGGAGUCUGGGUGGGCCAAGCAACGACGAAACAGAGACAGAAGCAAAAUGCAGAGACAUGCAAGCUGGGGCUGAAUCUGAGAAAGAGCAGAAAACAAGAGGCACUUUUGCAGAAAAGGAUGGAAAAAGGAGUGACAUGUUAGGAACAGACGUGGGAACACAGGUUGUUGACCAACAAGCUCCUAAGCAGAGAUCUAAGGAUACAUUGAGUCCCCAGGAUGCACAGAAACAGAUGCGCAGGUUAACCCCUGACUUUCCUGACUCCCUAUAUGAGCUGCUGUGCUCUAUUCAGGAGGGUAGAAGGCUCAAUGACCAGCGUUGCUCUUUUACACCAGAACGGAGGUGUCACUCUGAGCCAAGCACCCCUGUCCCACGACACAAAGUGAUGUUCUCAUCAAUGACAUCACUCCAAAAGGAGGAGUUUUUCGAGCUAGUGGCUACAUUCCAAGGCCGUCGGCUUGAUGACCAGCGUGCGGAACUGCAGCGUAGUCCAUCCUCUCCAGAACCUCCUCAGUUUAAAGUGAACAAGAAGAAGAACAGCAUAAAGGAAGUGGAAUUAAAGGGAGUGGCCACCAAAUCAGCUCCUAAAGAGGAUCUGUACAACAUGAUUCUUACUUCUCAAGCCCAAGGGAGACUAGAGGACCAACGCAGUGCUGCUCCUGGCCCCAUGGAUGAUGAGGACUUCUUCUCCUUGCUCUUGAAAGUCCAAGGUGGGCGAAUGGAUGAACAGAGGACGGAGCUUCCUAUGGCACUCCAAUACUAAUGCCAAGAACAAGUUGGGAACUGGGCAUAGAAGGUUGUUUUGAUAGUGUGGUAGGGAUCAUGACAGGUAGGCUUUCAUGCAUCAGGUCCACAUUUUUGGCAUGCCAAGACUUUUCCAAGACCUUGUAAUAGAUGUCUAAUCAUUUCUGCUUGAGUUAGGCAUUACACUCUUUGAUUUAUCUGCUCAUAUGAGUUAAAACUGUUAGCAACAAAAGCUGUGGAGAUCAAACAGCAUUUGCACUAUUUCAAGUAUAUUUCAAAGUACUAUCCCACUCUUUUCAGCAUAUUUUCAGUAUAUGCAAGUCAUUGUUCAGAGUGUUAUAACAAAUGUGUCCGUGUCUAGUCAGGGCAGUUAUAAUGUCAGAGAUAAAAGGGUAUUUAUACAAGAAGAGAGGACAAAAAAAUUACUUAGCAUCAGUUUCUAGAUGUAAGUUAUUGAAAGGCUAGUCACUCUUAGUGUCAUAAUUUAAUGGCUUCAUACGCCAUGUUCUGUGUAUAAUCAAAUAAAACUACACAACUAUAUGUUGUCAGCAAACACUGUCUUGCGAAUGUAAAAAUGAUGUAGAGUGCAUUGAUAAGCGCAUGUAAUUAUCCAUUAUAAAACCCAUGGAAAUGAAACAAAAUAAUAUUGUUUAAAUUGUAAUUAUAGCGGAA